GCCGCCAUCUUUAGAGCGACGAGGAAAGGCGUACGCGAAGCCGGCGACCCGGCUCUCUACUGUGCGUGAGGACGACGACGCGUGCUUCGCACGUCCAGCAGGAGCCGGCGAUGGAGAUGAGUGCGUCCGCGGACAGGAACUGUUGUUAGCCGACGGCUUCGCUGAAGGAAGCCGUUCGGAGGUGGAGAAGCAGUUUCGCGAAGCUAUUACUUAGCUUAGCCUGUAAUUUUGAGUUUCGCAACAGAGUUUCACCCUUUCGGAAGCGUCAGUAAGCGAGAACCCCGUUGUGCCCGAGUGCUGUCGUGUCUAGGUGACGGCGUACAACACGUGAACAGUGCCGGGCCCGAGGAGCCACUAGAGUUUUAACCAGCAGUCACCGUGACACGAAUGCUGUCACUGCGGCUGGUCUCCUGCCGGUUCCUCAAGCAACCAUAAGAAGAGGACUACUUGAGACGUUUCAGUGUUGCCAUGUAACUCACUCAUUCAUUGUGCUUCACCAAGUGUGUUGUGUUCCUGUGAUCCGUUAUUCAUCACCUCGUCUUAGUAACAUCAUCAUACUGACCCUAGCACUGUCAAGAUGUACCAGAAAAGACUGAAUGGUCGAGAUGUACCAGGAAGACUGCGACAUGGAUACAAAGGAUAAGAAAGGAGAGGGGUGCCACAGACGAGGUGACUCGCUGGCACAUGGAAAGAUGUUUCUUUCAGGUGCAGUGGACGGCGGCUGCCAGGCUGGCCUGCGAGUUGGAACGUCACAGCUUGAGGAUGCGCAAACCCACUUUUUGCACAGACGUCACAGUUGCUGAAAUGACCUCGGCUAAUCAGAACAUAGAAGUAUGCGGGGAGAGCCGCAUGGAACGGGUGCGCAAGCUGCUAGGCUCACCACAUGCCCGUCGCAAGUCUGGUACUCUAGCACUGCGUAUCUUUGGCGCACCUCUCGACUCCCUGGCACAACAUGGCUCAGUGCCAUUUGUGGUUGUUCGCCUGUGCCAGUACAUAGAAAAUACAGGCAUGGGACAGGAGGGCCUCUUUCGGGUGAGUGGCAAUGCUCGUUUGGUUGAGAAGCUACGCUGGAGCUUCGACCAGUCAGGCGACGCACCUCUGGAGGCCGAGGGGGAUGUAGCAGUGGCUGCUGCCCUGCUUAAGCUACUUUUCCGUGAGCUGCCCGAGCCUUUGGUGCCCACGGACAUGCAUCAAGCUUUCCUGGAUGCCAUCCAGGCCACUGUGCAUGACAGAGAAGAGUGCACACGACGCCUCAAGUGCCUCGUGGAGCAGCUGCCACCGAGCAACUUUGCCGUGCUCAAGUACCUCUGCCACUUCCUGAGCCGAGUGGCUGAGCUGGAGGAGCACACACGCAUGAACCCCAGUGCCCUCGGCAUUGUCUUUGGACCAAACCUCUUCAGGUUCAGUGAAGAUCUGCAGGGCUUAAAAGAGCAGGCUGUCACCAACCAGGUGGUGACAUAUUUCAUUGACCACUACAAUUCCAUCUUCGAAGGUGAUGCAGAGCUCUCAUGCACAGCUGACGCUUCCAUGAACAUUCAAAGUGGCAGCACCAGCACCAGUAGCAAAUGCAGCGGAAGGAUGAUGCAGCCUCUUACUGUUGUCAUUCCUCCGUUGGAUGAAGCCAUGUUGGCGCUGAAACAGGAUACGCUUAGUGCGGUGCCUACGCUCAUGAUUGACAGUUUGAUUGAUGACCGCUGUAACCAGGCCAUUAUGUACAGGGCAGCCAAAGAAGGAAGCUCAAGUGGAGCUGCCAUACCAGGUCGCAGCUGUAAGCGCAAGGAGCGCAGGAUCUCUGGUGAAGACACUCCAGCCCCACGAUCGAGUUCUGAGGAGAGGCCAGCCACUGGCCUUCGUGUGGAGCCUGAAUUGGCAUCUCGUCGAUGCAGCAGUCAUGAGGAAGUGACCACACUGGAAACUGUGCAUGGAUAUUCCUCCCAGAUGACAUCUGGGAGCAGUGGCCGAGCAGGGGUGCCUGGAGAUGACUCAAAUCGCGACUUGAGCCCACACCCACCGCAACCCAAGAGGCGUGAAAUUGAGACACCUUCCAGCUCCUGCCCAGAGAGCUCACAGGAGUGGCGUGAGGCCUGCCGGAAAGCGGAACGGCCUAACCCGCUGCAUUUGCAAGAUGUUCGGUACCAGGGCACACGACCCGAGGCAGCUGAAGAGGGCUCCGCAGACCGCCCCAUGGUGGACAUUGACGAGCCCCGUCAUCCACCAUGUGAUGGGCGCGAGGCUAAUGGAAGCCCAGAGGAAGCAGAUGGCUCGGUACCCAACACGCCCAGCACUCUGAACAAAGACAGCAUCCCACCGCUGGACCUCAAUAGCUUCCGUGAGGAAGAACCUGUUCUAUCGGAGCAUCGGUUUAGCUGGCCCAUGGUUCAGGCCCUCGUUGAUGAAGAGCCAGUAAUGCCAUAUCUCCAGAAAGCCAAUUCUUAUGAGGCUCCACUGUCACCCAGUGCUUACAGGAGCUACCUGUCUCAUAGAAGCCUCCACCUGGAUCCAAACCUGCCGCCAUCUCCUCCUGUUGAGCAAGAUGAAUUCCUCAAAUCGAACUUUAAGGAUGAAGAAGCCAGCCAAACAACUGUAAAGCAACUGUCCAAGAGAGUUCAUUGGUUGAAAAAGAAGGUGAAGCAGUUUGAAGAAAAUUUUGAAAAAGAACAUGGAUAUAGGCCAUCUCAUGCAGAGAAGAUGAACCAUGCUGAAAUGAAGAGGACCUUGCUUGAACUGAACAAGCUGCGAAAGGAUUUGAAGAAUGUGAAGGAGGAGAAUAGCCUUCCGGAGCCUGCCUACCUGACCUUUUCAUCGUGGGGUCGGGACUCACUCAGAGGGCUGUGUGAUAUGGACGAUGGUUCAGCCAAGCCGACCCAAAUGAUGGAGAAAGCACUGAAUGACACCCUCAUGUGCCUGGCCGAAAAGCGCAGGGUUGCUCAGCGUCCAGACAGUGUGGAUGACAUGACACGUGAGCAGGUGCUGGAGGAGAAGCUGGCACUGCAGAAGGCGCUACUGCGCUUCGAGAGCGUGCACGGCCGGCCCUCGCGACGCGCUGAUCGCAAUCUGAUGCGGCCGCUGUAUGACCGGUACCGGAGUGUCAAGCGCCUGGUGGGCAGGAACCCCCUGGCCAAGGGCAAGGACUCUGAGCUGCAGCCCAUCCUGGAGCACGUUGCUAUGAACUUCACCUCCCCACAGCCCCGGUCCCCGCCCCAGGAGCUCGAAGAAGUUGUAGAAGAUGUGACUCCCGUUUCUGCAAUGGCACAAAUUGAGGCAAUGAGUGAUAUGGAAGAACCGGUCACAAGCAAAAAAGAAGUGGUUGAGCAAGUGCCCAUGGUGCUGGACAAGUGCAGUGAUUCCAACCUGCAUGAGCUUCCUCUGGCGGAGCUGCUUCAGCAGCAGCAACAAACGAAGCUUGAAAAGCGCCGGCUUCGCAAGUUGCUGAGAGAAUUUGAAGAGGAAUUUCAGAAGCAAACUGGGAGGAAAGUGCAAAAGGAAGAUAAGGCCCCAAUGGACUCCGUGUACUGCGAUUACAAGCAUGUCAAGGCCCGGAUGCGACUGUUGGAGGUGCUCGUCUCUAAACAUGAACAUCGGCGAGAAAUAUGAAGCUGGCAGACGUCGUCUGUGUGCAACCCGAACCUUCUUGAACAUUGUUGAUUCUUUUCCUUUCUUCCUCUCCCUGAGGGUUGCACUCCCCCAUUUUAGAACCACAUGAUCAUGUGCUGUGGAGUGAAUGCGUAGUUCCGUGGCAGCCAUCGAGGUUCAGAUACAGCAUCUUUAUUACUGUGCUCCUGUGAGCAGCAGCAUGAGUACACAGCUUUCUUUCUUUUCCCUGUUUUCUUCCCCCUUCUUCUUUUUUUUUUUUUUUUUUGGUACAUACAACAAAACAUGGAACAGGGAAUCCAUAAGCGCAUUGCAUACAUAGUCUAACCAUUAAGCCAUCAUAACAUCUUUUCUAUUCUGUGGCAUUGCUGUCGAUUCAUUCUUUGUUGUUGAUUUUUAAGAAAAGAUGUGUUUUAGUUUUAUGCCUCCAUGAGAAGCUUCCAAUGCUGUGGAGCUUUUGUAAUGUGUGAUGCCACACAAGCAUGUGGCCUUAUGGUUGACAAUUUAUUGUGAGGAUAAGAAGCCCAUCUUUUGAUGUUCUUGUCCAGCAGAGCUGUAUGCCUGAAACCGUGAUAUGCAAAUAGAUGCAGUCACCUGCUGCAUCUCUUGGAGUUGACACCGUGUUCGCCUGAUUAAUGUGACAUGUUCAUGUUGACAGUAGAUGAAUUUUGUCACAAAUAGAGCAAAGGUUGCGCAUGUCAUCCACAUACAUCAUCCACUAUGUAUGAUGCAUACUGGAGCAUAAAACUGCAAUCUUAUUGAUAUUUCAUUUCCGAUUUCUUGCCUGAAAGGCAUGCCCUCUUGAAAGCAUGCCACAACACCAUUGCAGCAACUUUCGUGCACUUGCCAAAAUAAUGGUUUGUAGCACGUAUUUUAAUUUGGUCAAGAUUGCACUGCAGGCUGCAUUUCUUUUUAUAGUUCUUUUUCUCAGCAGUGUGAACCAAUCUAGUGGAUAGAAAAAUGAACACUGUGUCAAUUCCAGCAGCAUUUUUUUAUGCACUCAAUUUUGGUGAUUGCUUUCUUUUGCAGUAAUAUUGUUGUUACACUAGCGAGAAAUAAGCUUGUGGCAUUUUUUAUUGUUUGUACUUGUCAUUGUGUGCACAUGCCUUCCUGGUUGUCUGGGAUGCAUGGGAAUAGUGUGAUGGCCUUCUGGUAGCUUUUGUUCAGAGGCAGUGCUUGGAAGUAGAGUCAGGCUGCCUUGGCCACCUUUUUAGCUCUUGUUUUAGCAUUGCAUCUUUCAAGGCGUGCCUGGCUUUAAUAGUUGGCAGGUUUGGUGGCAUAUAGUAAGUGCCAGGUUUCCUGGCAGAUUGCUGGCUACAAGGACAGCACUGCUUGUGUUUUGGACGAUCCGAGUGCCUUGAUCGGAUGGAACGGGACAAAAUGUUGUUUCUUAGCCAGGUAGCCAAGAACGGUGUUCCCUUUCUGUUUUAUCAUGUGCACGUGUGCGUCUAUGUCUGCUUGUAGACUGUUUGGUAUAUAUUGUACCUGACAUAAGUGUGUGUAUUUGUCAACAUGGGUUACACCUGUUCUCUAGAGGCAUGAUAUUACAAGCCACGGCAUUUUUAGUCUCCACAUGCUAUGUGUGAGACAUGGUAACCGCGGCCAUGUUGUGCGUGUGGCUAGUCUAGUGAAACUUUCCUCACUUGAGUUUAUGAAUUCUAUGGACCCAGUGUGAUGCUAUGUUCUUGUGCUUUUUUUGUCUUUUUAAAUUCACCUGGACAUGCAGUUGAAGGUUUCUUUUCUUUAUGUAGUAAUGAAGUGGUGCAGUGUCUGCAAGCAAGCUUUCAGAUGAUAUUUUGAGUAUGCAAAGUGCUGUAUAAAUAUUAAAUAUAUACAUACAUAUAUUAUAUAUAUACAUACAUAUACAUAUAUAAAUAUUAUUUGUCGAAGUGUCCGUACAUAGACUAAACCUGAAAUGUUCAUGGAUGACAGUAUUAUGUGUGAGAAUGUUGUUGGAUGGAUGAUUGGACACGUUAUUUAUGGCAGUGAAUGUGAUGCUGUGAGCAUUAAAAAGUUUCUUGAGAGUGCUUGCGAUUGUCUGAUUACACGUCCUCAAAACAGGUGCUGGUUUGAAUGCCUCUCUGAUGGCAAUAUCCUACCUGUUAUGAUGGGAUGGCUGAAAUCCACUCCUAUAGCAUGUUUUACGUGGGUGUCAUGCUAAGUAUUAAGUACGAUGUUUGCGAGUUGUAUGACCCUGGAUUAUAACUGUUUUUUGUCGGGAACAUACCAUUUUUCAUGCUGCCUCUGUUACUGAGAAGGAUGCAGGUUUCACUACCGUUUUGAAAAAUUUACUUGAACCAUCUGGGUCACUUUAACUAGCAUGGCAGUUGAAAUUGUACAGACUGGCAAAAGGGUUUAAGAGGGCUCUUGUAAGUUUGCAUAGCUAUUCACUAGAAUGGCAGGCAGCUUGCUGCCAUGAUUUUUCUGACCUGCUGCAAUGUGUUACUAGUUUGCUUAUAACUCUGUACUUGUAGUAGUAAAAUGCAUAUGUAUUUUUGUUAUUGACAGCACUUAUAGGUGGCAAGCUACUGGUCUCGACCAACAUUAUUUAUUUAGCUUUGCUAUUAUGCUGUGUCUUGAUUGUAAUGAAUGUAACCAGGAUAACACUGUAGCGUAGAUUUGUGCUUGAUACUUGUUUCAUCCAAAAAAAUCUGGAGGUGGAAAUGGCCAGCUUUAUACAAUGAACACGCUAUAAUUGUUUACGCUGGCACUUUUGUAUUGACCACCUCCUCCACAUACCUGGCUUCAGUACCUUGUACUUUGUCUUUUGUAUACAGAUAUACCACAGUUGUGUAAUCGUAAUGUUUGCAUUGCUUGACAGUGUUAUCAUAUAUAGCACAAGUGCUAGUAUGAUAGUAAUUGGUGAUAUGCACAUGUGGUCAUGUAUAUGAUCAAAUAUGCUAUAUGUAUACAAUUAUUUGGUAGUAUACUGCACUUGUGAAUACUGCAUGUGUAUUACAUUGUUGUAACUGCACCUUUCUGGGAAAUGCUGGGAGGAGCUUGAAGGUUGCCAAUUAAACAUUUGUGAGGCCCGGUG